AUGUCGUCUAUUCUGUAUGAGAAGGACUUUUCGAAGUUAGAGUCAUCGAUCCAUGAGUCUACUUACAAGCUGUUCAUGCACAUGACGUUGAUGGAUAUGUGUAUGGACAAUGCUAUGAAAGAGUUCGAAUUGCGGAAGAGGGCCAUGAUCAAGGCGAGAGAUGACAUGCAAGCAGCCGGUGAAUUGCUGCUGGACGAGCCUGAAGAUGACGCUGUUGCCGGUCACCAGGAAGAGGGAACGCUGCCAAGAUCGAACCUCAGCGGGAUAACCAUGGAGUUGGUCCUGAGAACAAUCCGCGGUCUCGAAGGCGGUCCAGCGUCGACGUGUAUCGCCGCUCUGACCUGCGCUAUGUUGAUCGCACCAGCGGCGGCCAUGGAUGAUCACUUAGUGCUGGGUAGGGUUUUCUCUGCGCCUGACGUAUACGAGAUUCAUCAGGUACCGACGAUGGCCAUUGGAACAUUGACUGGGAUGCUAUUGCUCUGUGGAGGAUAUUUGAUGGGCGCCGCAAGAAGUCUUGUAGGCCCGUUAAUGGGUAUCACGAGCGUGUUGUAUUUCAUGUUGCGAAACGACGCAGCAGUGGAAGCUGUUCUCGCAUGGGGGUAG